AUGGCCAUUCAACCUCUCUCGAGCCUGACGACUUCGACACGAAGAAUGACUGGUGAAGUUCCUCCGGUCCUCGUAGGAGCAUCGACUACAGUCGUAGGUGACAGAGUAUAUCUUUUUGGCGGUCGUCUCGGCGCAACUCGACGAUUGACCUCUGACCUGUACGUCCUCGAUCUGCGUACUUCCGAGUGGAAGAAUAUCACACCCUCGGAGAGUGGCAGCGCUCCGCACGCCCCAGCCUCAAGAUACUUCCAUAGUGCGGACAGUUGGAACGGUUUUCUUGUUAUAUUUGGAGGAGUGGGAUACGUCUCGAACAACAAUUUCCCCGGCGUACUCAACGAUGUGCGAUUCUUCUCACUUGUACAACACCGAUGGAUCCCAGCCGCUGAGACAAACCCCCUACCUCCGAAUGUGUCACCCCAUUCUUCUUGUAUUCCUACUCAUGACCCACUAAUUCCUCGACCGCGUUAUGCGCACCUCUCCUCAGUCACUGAUUCGAGAUUGUUCGUUAUCGGUGGACAAGACAUGCCCUCCCAAGACUGGCUUGAUGAUAUUCAUGUCUUUGAUCUCUUUCAAAAACGGUGGAUCGAGCGGAGAGAGUAUCCGCGACAUUGUGGGAUGUAUAGGAGCCUCGCCACCGCGCCGCAAACAGUGAUUCGUGACCCUGUUCGCGAAGGGGUUCCAACCAAAACAGAUGAGCUUGCAUUUUUCCCGGUGGGGAAGGCCACAUCCCCAGCUACAGCGUGUUACCUCCCCACCCACCGCAAGGAAUCUCUGAUCGGCUCGUCUUUUGCCCAUACUCCGACCAACUAUAACUUUUCCGAUGUUAAGCGCGAACUUGAAGUGUUGACGCCAACCGAAAAGUCGUUUUAUACCACGGACAGAUCCGAUAUGAUGAACGGAUCAUCCUUCCCACCCGGUCUCCGAUUUCCUACUGGAGCAAUCCUAGGAAAUCACCUCAUCAUCGCUGGGACUUAUCUGUCUCAGUCCUACCAGUGUUAUUCCAUAUGGGCACUUGACCUAAACGAAAUGACGUGGUCACGCAUUGAUACUGGAGCUGUUCUUGCAACUGGUUCCUGGACGCGUGGCAUAUUGUGGGGGGAUGCUAAUACGUAUGUCAUUUUUGGAAAUCCUUCGGGGAACAUGGUUGAGGACUAUAAUCAUCGCAUCCUCAACUGGAGCCAUGCUGUGCACGUUGAACUUGAAACAUUUGGGAUUUAUACUUUCCCCACCCUUCAAACCCCUGUCAAAGGCCAAGUUCUUGGCCUUGACGCCUUGGAAGCUGAGCUUUUUGCCGAUUUUGAAAUCCUUUGCGAAGACGGGAGGAAAAUUAAAUGCUCUCGUAAACUUGUAGAAGAACGUUGGCCGUGGUUCAAGCACUCCUUACCUAAUGAACUCUUUGCCAACCCGGAAGACCGACCCGAUCCCAGGCUGACACCGAGGAUGUUGCGCCUCUCCGAACCGUAUCCGAUCACGAAGGCGUUGCUGCAGUACUUCUACUCUGGGAGCCUGAUCACUCCAUUACAACAUGCCCCCCUUGUACUCAGUGCCUUGCUCCUUCUCAGCAACAUUUACGAGUUGGCACACUUAGCUAAACUUGUGAAACAUGCCAUGCAUCAGACUCUUUCGCCAGCUACAAGUGUAGAUGUGUACGAAGUUGCCACAUUGUGCGACUCACAAAAUCUACAGAUUCGGGCUUUGCGCAUGGUGCUGGGUUCGAACAGGAAUGUGACUCAGCAGAGUGGGCAGGACUACUUGCGGUCUUACGCCGCACGAUUGAAGUUCACGUCUCAGGACAACAUACAAACAAUUUUUUACGGAACCAGAACGAAUGGACGGUGCACUAGCGCACAGUUAAAUCAGGAUCGUGAGAAAGAAACGCCAAUGCAGAGUUCGAACGCGAACAUUACAUGCCCGGAUGUAAUCCAUGUCGGAACGAUGCAGCGAUGGAAUGACUCUGACACGAGAGGUCUCCCACCAACGGAUGCGAAGCUGCCGCCGGCCUCACGCCCAGAUUUCCGACUUAAACGGGAAGGUUCAUUGAUACCCACACGGGUGUCAUCAUUAUCACUGGCGAAGCCUGUGGUGCCUAACCCAAUGCACAAGCGAGCGUCGAUGAACCCGGCCAGUCUAAAACAGCGCCCGAACAAAACCGCCUCCGGGCAACUAACCGAUCAGACUAAGAUUAUAAACUCUUGUGCUCAAAUUCGCCAGGAUGUGUCUCUGCCACCCUUCCCUCCUUUGGAUCGCACUGACCUCCAUACCUCCCCCCUCGAACCUCACGCCUCCACGGAGGAGCCACCUCAGUUUCUUCUUAUGUCGCCCACUGAAUUUCCUCACAACGUAUCCUCUUUUGUUCAACCAUCUCGCGAAGUCUCUAGGCAGCAGAGUGCUGAUACCCUUGGCUUGAGACAUUCUGCUAAAUCGUCCCGACCGAGAUCAUUGAGUGACGCAGGUCCCUCACGUCCAUACGCUGAUGACUCUGUCCAGAGCAUCUCGUCACUCGCAACUAGCAUCGAAAGAACUCGGGACGUCGUCUUUAUUGAAGCGGACGAUGCGGACCCCCCUCGCGCGGGCAAAGUCUCUCUCCCUCCAAAAGCACUCAAGAUACUCGGAAAUGACGACAUUCUGCCAACCCCCGAUAGCUUCCUUUCUGAUACUCAUCCGGAUCAACACUACGCAGCAGAAGUUCAGUCUAUCUCUGGGACGAGCGGAUCCGGUCGGUCGACAACAACCCAGAAGAGCGGGAAAUGGAGUCGACUGCUUUCACGAUCAACUGAUUGGUCUACCCCCGCAAAGAAAAAGAAACCCAAACACAGCCUAUUCAAGGGCUCGUACCUCGCCACAGAGGGUCAUUACCAAUUCAUGUAG